AUGACUCCGCCCCCUCCCACCACUGCCACACUCAUGACUCCGCCCCCUCUUAACCACUGCCACACUCAUGACUCCGCCCCCUCUCACCACUGCCAUACUCAUGAAUCCGCCCCUCUUAACCACUGCCACACUCAUGACUCCGCCUCUCUCACCACUGCCAUACUCAUUACUCCGCCCCCUCUCACCAAUGCCAUACUCAUGACUCCGCCCCCUGUCACCACUGCCAUACACAUGAAUCCGCCCCUCUCACCACUGCCACUCAUGACUCCGCCCCCUCUCACCACUGCCAAACUCAUGACUCUGCCCCCUCUCACCACUGCCAUACUCAUGACUCCGCCCCUCUAA